AUCCGUAAGUCGAACUUCGUCGAACUUUACCAAACGGUCGGAGGCCUGCCUUGUCCCAGGUUUCGCCGAACCAGUAGACCUCAGGACUCAGGUGACUCAGGUGCCUCAGGUUCGACCGUUGGGUUCGACAAAAGUUCGCGACACCGAUCCCCCGAUCGUCAAUGCCCCACUUGACUUCCCCUUUCCCCUUUCCUAUUUUCUCCUCUACCUCUGUCGCCUCCGUCCGGGUGUUUCUUCGCAAAUGUCGACGGCGCAGUCAUCCUUGGCAAGACUUGGGCGCAUUUGCCUUUAACCACGAUGUGCAACAUCGAGUGAGCAGAGGCAGGCCAACGAUGGAUGACCCAUAAUGUGGUGUGCGCGAACACUCGUCUACGUCACCAUGCCAACUCCGAAGACUCGUGUGUGGAAACUACUCAUUCUGUGUGGGGCAAUUGGGUCCCUCUUUUUUUUCUAUAGGGCUACUAACAGUCUUUCUGUGCAAUUAUCUCCAGUUAUUAAACAAGUCAGUGUUGUGUCACAGCCGAGCCCUAAGGCAGGACAGAUGCCUGGGCAGACACUGGAAGAUUCUCGCUCGGCAUUGGCUACGACACCAGGCAUUUCACGUAUUGAGCGAUUGCAAGAUAAAAUCCGCCUGACACCAGUGCCCUUGAAGCAAGUAUUGGUACAUUUUGAUCUGAAAGGCGCACCUCCCAAGGCAGACUUCUACGACGCAGCAUUUCCGCUCUUACGGAAGCUUGGGGCCACUGGCGUGCUUAUGGAAUAUGAAGACAUGUUUCCUUACUGGGGAGCAUUGAAGGCCCUGUCUGCAAAGAAUGCUUACAACCGCAGUGAACUUGCUCACAUAUUGUCUGUUGCACAUAAAAACAACUUGAAGGUAGUGCCACUGGUGCAAACCUUCGGCCACCUAGAGUUUGCCCUCAAGCUGCACGAGUUCAUAGAAUUGCGAGAGCUGAGCGACAGCCCACAAGCGCUGUGCCCAUCCCUCAACAGUUCCCUUGGCCUGGUGAAAACCAUGCUUGACCAAGUGCUCAGCCUGCACCCAGAUACAGAGUAUGUGCAUAUUGGGUGCGAUGAAGUCUACUCCCUGGGCCGGUGUCCACGCUGCGAGGAAAGGCUCCAGCUGCCGGGCACGUCUCGGGACACUCUCUUUCUCGACCAUGUGAAAAGUGUGGCCCAGCACGUUGUGCGUGCGGGGGUGCGUCCAAUUAUGUGGGACGACAUGCUGCGUGGCAUGGAGCCAGACAGUGUACGCCGCUGGAAUGCAUCCCAGCUCGUGGACCUCAUGGUCUGGAGCUACACCCCCAACAUCAGCAAGGACCUCGAUGCCAAGAUAUGGGACAAAUAUUCCCAGUUUGGAGGCGUGUGGGUGGCAAGUGCUUUCAAGGGUGCAACAGGUGCCAAGCAACUCCUGCCAGACAUCGGAUAUCACCUGAAGAAUCACCACUCGUGGCUCAGGGCCCUGGAGGACCACGGGCAGAGUUGGCCACUGCGUGGUAUUGCACUGACUGGCUGGCAGCGGUACGACCACUUUGCCACCCUCUGCGAGCUGUUUCCUGCAAGCAUACCCUCUUUGGCGGCCAACCUGGUUUACCUCCAACGUGGACGCCUGGAUACUCCCGAGUUGCAUUCAAUCAAGGCGCUGCUUGGCUGCAACAGGCCCAUCCCUGUGUUUGGUCACACGGACGCUCACUUCCUAUUUUGCCGCUUUCCUGGAGCCAAGGUGCUCACUGGAGUGCAGCAGCUGACGGGACUUCUUAGGCAGAAGCAGAUCAUGGAGAAGAACUCUAAUUAUGUGGGCUGGCUCGGUAGCUACAAUAUUCGGCACUUAUUUGGAAGUCCCGACCACGUACGUGAUGCCACUCGAAACUUAAGUGAGCUUUUGGGCACAGCAAAUCACUUGCAAAGAUUUUUGGGCGACGCACUAAGUGAAGUUUAUGAUUCAUACACAGUGGCAGAGUGGAUGGGCAUCUUCCUGGAGCCAGUAUUGAGACAGCUGAACCUGCUAGACCAGCAGACUCAAGACUUGCUGAAUAUUAACACCUGGCCUCGCAGGCCUCUGGAAACUACCAACUGAGAUUAAUUCAACUCGUUGCAUUGAAAAGUGCCUUGUGCCUGUAUGUUCAGGAUGGUCUUGCGUGGCAACAUUUUGAAGAGCGCAUGGUUCAGGGUACAUUGGCCAAUCGGUGUUAACAUUGUUACAUGGUCACCAUAGCUCUAGUCACUGACAAGGAGAGAAUGACCCAGGGCAUCUCUUUCAAAUCUCUGGCCUUCAGCGUUGCCUUUGGUUCUUCUUGGUUGCGCCUGCACGCUCGAGGCUCACGAGACGCCCAAGAGUUAUCCAAGGUAGGACAACUUGAACCCCCGGUCGCUCUUGUCCCGUCGGUGACUAAUGUUUUCUGUGCAUGUCUUAAUAAUUCCUUUUAAUUAGGCAUAAUCAAUGCAUUCAUGUUUUCUUGUUAGACUGAAUGAAAUAAAGUUUGCAAAAAGCAUUGAA